UUUUACAAGAUGGCAGCGUUCUUGUGAACUCAUGUGACAAUCUGCGAUCCGUUGCACGCAACAUGUGUUAAUAUUUUACCUGUUGACCUCGUUACACUUACACUUAAGGCGCAGCGCUGAGCUUUGUUGUUCAGACCAGGAAGAAAUACAGUAUCUAAGAAGUUUACUACAGGAGAAAUGCGAAUGUGCAUCUACAUGUACAUAAGAAAGCAGAUCUCAAUUUCAAAUUUACACACUGUAACUUGAGGAUUUUUUUUAGUGUGAUCUACUGUGAUUGGUGUAAACACAAUGGAACUCUUCCCAGCUGUGUUGUCCUUGCAGGGGCAGAAACUAAUAACGCCUUUCAGGCUUCCAAGAUUUGUCAUGAACAAAAAGCCAUCCGCUACUCUGUCACACCUCCCAAGGUUCUUUCAAAAGGAUGAUGACAUACUAAGAACUUCAGGCCCUCGGCUAACCUCAGCAAGGACGCUGGCCUCAUAUCCGAGUCCUCGUUGGGCACCCUGCUUUUCUGUCAGUUCUCUGCCAUCUCAAUGCCGACCUGUAUCAUCCAUUCUGACUGUGUGUCAGACAACAUAUUUCCCGUCGCCUCCAUUUUCACCCAAAGUGUGGUUUUCUCAGAGCAGCGAAUCACUACAUCCUUCAAGCAGAACAGAUGAGGAGAAGGAGCGGGUCAUGCUAAGUGAGUACGGAAGGACAUAUUCGGCAACCAAGAGGUACACUGAAAGGAGAUCAGCAGAGCAGGAAUCUGAUGAUGAAGUGAUGGCUCAGGAAAAGCUUGACGACUUGUCACCAGAAGACACGUUUGGUACCCUGACCAAUAAGUAUGAAAAGAAGUUUCGUGUAGAAGGAGACCCUUAUGACAUUGAGGUAGAUAGUGAUGAUGAUGGGACUGGAGACCAGAGAGCCAUGCCACCAGGCAGGCGCAACACCCCAAUCUGGUAUGGUAACCAGAUGAAGAGACUAGUCAAGGAAGGAAAGUUGAUGGAAGCCAUUGAUAUGCUAGAAAUCCGCAUGUUGAAAGAAGACCGAGUUCAGCCAACUGAGUUUAACUACAAUGUGCUGAUUGGGGCUUGUGGGAGAGAAGGAUACACCAAGAAAGCAUUUAAGCUGUACAAUCAGAUGAAACAGCGAGGCCUGACACCCUCAGAGGUCACCUUCACAGCUCUCUUCAAUGCCUGCGCCGAGUCCCCAUGGCCGCUGACCGACGGACUGACCAGGCUUCGCCACCUCCACUCCCAGCUCCAGGAGAAAGGCAUCACGGUGAACCAGAUUACCCACCACGCCAUGAUCAAGGCCUACGCCAAGUGUGGCGACCUCCCAGUGGCCUUUGACCUAUUUCGUGACCUGUUGUCAUCAGGCACCGAACUGACCUCGGAGAGUUUUGCCUUCCUGCUGUUUGCGUGUGCGAGUGAUAAGCAGAGAGGAUUAGUUUAUGCGAUUGAGGCUUGGCGUCAGAUGCUUCAACGGGGUAUCAAGCCUGACAUCUACACAUACAAUCUCUUACUAAGAAUCACACGAGAUUGUGGAAUAGGGGAUCUAGAGUUUGCCACUCGUAUACUUCUUAAUCACAUGGCAGAAGGACACCCUGAAAUGCUCCCUAACCCUGGAAAGACAGGCAGGAAAGCCUAUUGGCAGAGAUCAUCCCAAACUGGAGUACAAAGGUCACAAGGUCAUACCACGGAGGAAAUGAUAGAACUGACCCCGCUUGAAGUUAAGCAUGAUGCCAGUUUAGAUGUUGAUAACAAGGCGACGUUGAAUCCUGUCGGUCAGUUUGGAGGUGCUGAUCAAACCUUGGUUCCCCAGGAACCGCUUCCAAACCUCUUGGACCUGUCAGCAGAUAUCAGUCGAGUCCAGUCUCUGGCUAAUGUCUCUACUUCCCCAGAUCGCCUGGCCCUCCUAGGUGGUGCAAGAGGCGUCCUGGACAGCAUGAAGGAGCAUGGUGUGAUCCCCAAUGUCAAGACAUUGACGCUGAUGAUGGAGAGCCUUCCCAUGACCACCGAGGAUGAGGAAAGACUCCUUGAAGUGGUAGAAGAGUACAAAGUCAAGGUUGAUGUUGACUUCUACAAUGCUAUCAUCCGAAGGAGGUCUCGAAGGGCUGAUCUAGAAGCUGCCAAGGCCAUACUCCCUCUGAUUCAGCAGAAGGGCUUGUUUCCCAACCUGCGGACAUUUGUCAACUUGGCCUGCGAAUGUGUCAAGCCCAAAGAUGGAAUUCAGCUGUUGAAAGACAUGAAGGAGGCAGGUCUCAAACCAACAGUGCAUGUUUAUGGAGCAUUAAUCACAGCAGCAGCAAGGAGACAAGAUUAUUGGUACCAGACCGAACUUCUAAAAUGCAUGGAAAAGGACAAGGUGUCACCCAAUGAGCAAAUUCUUGAGAAAUUGGAAACCAUGGCAGCCUUUGGUCAGAACCCUUCAAAGAGUGGACUGAGUAAACGUCAAGCCAGCAAGCAAGCCAAACUGAAUCUUUUCCGGGGUUUCUACACCCGGUGGCUGGAUAGGAUGGGAGUUGAAGAGAAAUCACACCCAUGGAAAAAGUUUUACAGACCCAGGGCGAGUCCUGCCUCCCUUGAGUCGUAGGAAUGAAAACCAGCAAUUAAACCGGUGCUAUGGCAACGUGCCCACCCUGCUGCAGGACACAGCUGGUUGUGACAGCAAGACAUCUUUACUUAUUCGGCGGUUCAUCAGUCACUGCACUAUAACUGGCCUAGGAAGGCGAGGGCUAUCCGUAGAGGCAAUUAAUCUGCCCCUGAGUGGAUGAUGCCAGAAGAGGAAAUGAUUGGAGUUUGAAGCGACAGCUGUCACCCAGCCUUUGAAGCGGGAGAAAUUGCCCGACAGUUAUUUGUGGAAGUAGUUUAAAUAGUGUUAAAGAUGAGUCCCUAAAAGACAGCUCCAAAAAUUGCUGCGAUAAGAAUUUUCUGUGACAUGAACAAAAGAUCUAUUCCCUGCUUAAUGUUGAUACAGGUGUAUCUAGAAAAUGUAGCAAGGGGCUGAUAGUUGAAACAGAAAUGCCCAACGAAACCGUUACCUGUACCAGUUUGCUAUACUUCAAGAAAUGCAUGUGCCUUAGACAAGCCUUUUAUUUUAACAAGCAAAAUUUUGUCAUAGUUUUGUUAAUGCAUCUCAAUUAUACGCAAUUGAAAUGCAUCUUACAACAUGAUGUUAUCUUUGACAUUUGAUGGAUUCGCAAAGAAAGUGGAUACUUUCCGAAUCAUCGCACAUUUGAAAUGGCGUUCCUACAAGGAGUUGUUCUCAAUUAUAUACCGCAUGCAUGUAAUAUCACACUUCUCUUUUCUGCCACUAGUUGGCCUUUGUGAAAAACAAUUUCACUCUCUCGUCUGUGUAUUAAACCAUUAGAAAGUCCUUUCUGUGUGAUUAAACACGGCGAAAUUCUAUUAACCAUUAUUUCUGAAAUCAGAAAGCUUUGUCUUUGUAAUAUUUCUGAUGCUUUAGGGCGUUUUUUCUAUAUUUCUCCUAAUGCUGCAGUGCAAGCAAUCCACGUACUAUUGUGCAGAAGUGUUCAAACGUGAAUUGGUUGGAUUCCCUAUUUAUUCCUCCGCACCACACUGUUGUGGUGCAGGGAUUUUAAUUUGUAUCCGCUACCCCUAAAGUACUUGACCAACCAAUACAUGUACCUGAAUUUUAUUUUCCAACUUUUUGAGGUGUGUUGUUCCGUCACGCGUCAAUCGCCACACAACCUGUUUCUGAAUGUUCUUAGAAUGGCUGAUUCUUCAGUAGGGUCUAUAGGCCUAUACGGCCGAGUGUUCGAUGUUAGAUGUCAUGUCAAUGAACCUGGCUUGUGUCAUCAAGGAUUAUCAGGGAUAACUUCAUUUCCUGAUAAAACUUGGUUUGAAGUGACAUUUUCCACUACAUUUUAUAGCUUGUUCUGUAAAAUUGCAGAUAUGUAAAAUCCCGAUUUUUUGGCACAGCUUGUUUCCUCUUUGACCUACUCGAUUUCCUGUACCUGAAAAUUCGAAACACCGCUUUACCAAAAAUCAUUUUCUUUGCUCGAAGUUAUUUCCAUUUACCUUCCAACCCACGGGCACUGUCAAUCAAGAUCCACUUUUAGUCAUGCAUGAAUGUCUGCCAUUAUCACUUUGGUCCGCUGAAUACAUGUACUAUCUUGAUGUCUCACAAUUGGUCAUGUUGGUCAAUCUAUGGAUGUUCUGUGUGCCUCAGGCUAAGGUAUAUUCCAGGCAACUUCAGACUUCAGGUUUUAUCUUUGCUAAGUCCUUUUGGAAUUUUAGGAGACCAGAUGAUGUUAUUGGCUUAUAAAGCGAUUUAACGUACAUAAAAAUUGUCAACAUACAUGUAGUUAAAUUUGUUGGACUUGGGUUAUUGGAUCGAUGCGUGCUUUAAUGUAUCCUUUACAAAUCGUUCAGAUUAUUUUUGGUCAUAUGCGCGGUAAGCUGUCUUUAAGCACGUCAUGUUAUCAAAUUGUUAAUCACCAUGGUAACCCCAUACGGCGUGUCGCCAAUUCUCGCCAAGUCGGAAUCGGGAAACACGGCCCGUAUGCAUAUGACGGUGGCAUAUUGAAUUUGAACGAAAGAGUUUGUUCCCGGGCCCUUUCCAUUUCUCGGAUUUACGCAGACAGGUUUACGUUUCGGAAUGAUUACUUUCACUGAAUACUUACCCUGAAAGAGUUAUGCGUCAUUCGAGUCUUGAUUUUGAGCUUCUAAAUUAUUGAAAAUACCAAAAUUCUUUGCCACAGCCUCCUGUAAAAGAUGUCUUUGAGAAGCCUACUAAAAGCUAAGAGUGAUUCUGUAUUGUGUUGACGAUUGGAUUUCUUCAUAAAUUUUCAAGUGGACGUAGACUAAUGUGCGAUAAUCAUUCCAGCAAGAACUGCAGUGUCUUAUAUUUGGCUUUUCCAGACUGUAUUUUAAUUUUCUUGAACUUGGUCGAAGAUGUCCGACAGAUCAUGCCAAAUAGGUGUGCUUUUUGGGGCUUGUUAACCCCCACCCGUAAAAAAAGAAUUGCCACCCCUCCACCAAGAGAAAUUUGGACUGUUUUGAAAAGCGCCAGCUGAUGAAGUGAUUUCAAAUAAUGGGGUAUUUAGUGUCUGAGCGCGCGGUAGUCACCCGUGAUCAGUGGCGGGGACAAAAUCAGUGAAAUAUUAUACUUCUGGUCAUUACGGGAGCAAUCGUAUAGUUCAAGUGACUGCACGGCUGACAUCGGGAAAAUAACAGUCCAGACGGCAGCAGAUGGCUGAAUUCCCAUGAAUUAAAGUAGCAGGAGCGGGAAAA